AUGUCUAAUAUCGUAAAAAUUAUAAGUUUACUACUGGUAACCAUAUCACUUGUUAUUGGACAUUUUGGAUAUAAAAAACGUGAUCAACACAUUUGGGCUCAAACAUUUAAGUUGUGUGCUGGAAAGUUACAGUCUCCAGUAUCUAUAUCAACACACAAAUCAAUUGCUCUUCCUUUACCAGCACUUGAAAUAAUUGGAUAUCAUGAUUAUCUUCCAGGACCAUUGUAUUUAAAGAACAAUGGUCAUUCAGUUAUGAUGACUAUUAACAAUCAUUCAAAACGGAAACUGCCUUACAUAUUUGGUGCUGUGUUCGAUACAAAUGAAGAAUAUGAAAUAGAUCAUUUACAUUUUCAUUGGGGUGGAAAAAAUAACAGAGGAUCUGAACAUAUUUUAAACGAUAUUAGGUAUCCUAUGGAGAUGCAUAUAGUUCAUAGAAAUAAAGCAUAUUCAAAUUUAUCUAAUGCAUUGAAUCAUGAAGAUGGUCUUGUGGUUUUAGGAAUCUUUUUUCAAUUACAGGAAAAGGAUAACAAAUUGUUAUACCCCCUUGUAAAUGAAUUGAUAGAUGUAAAAUGGUUAAAUGAAAAAGUGAAAUUAAGCACAUCUAUUACAUUGAUUUCAUUGUUACCUCGUAACAUAGAUGUAUUUUAUACCUACAAGGGUUCUUUAACUACACCUCCAUGUAACGAAGCAGUAACGUGGAUCGUUUUUUCAAAACCAGUACCAAUAUCUUUUGAUCAGUUGAAUGAAUUUAGAUCACUUUCGAAUGGAGAAGACAGAUUAGCAGAUAAUUAUAGAAGAUUACAAGAUAUAGGACUUAGAAAAGUGUAUGUUAGGAGAUUGAAUUCAUCUGAUGAAACUGUUUUUAAUAUUACAGAUUUAGAUUGGUUUAUACGUUAGAUACAUUCUUCUCAAAUUUAUAUAAUAUUUAAUAAAUGUUCUGCUAAUUGCAAUUACAGAAACAUUUAAUAAAAUAAGAAUCUAAGCAGACUACGAUGUUUUAAAUAAACAAUAGCACAUAUUUAUAAUGAGAA